CCCGGAACCAGUCGACGGAAAAUUUCACCACACAAUCACGUGAUCUAUUUACGUUCUUUUCGCUCGAGUCCGCAGAAAGGGCAACUUUGAUAUAUUUUACGUUGUCCAAUCGAGACUCCAUCCAAGAUGGUGAACUUUACCAUAGACGAGAUCCGUGAGAUCAUGGAUAAUAAGAAAAACAUCCGUAACAUGUCUGUGAUUGCUCAUGUUGACCAUGGAAAGUCAACACUGACUGAUUCCUUGGUCAGUAAAGCCGGAAUCAUUGCUGGAUCCAAGGCAGGUGAAACUAGAUUCACGGAUACAAGGAAAGAUGAACAGGAACGCUGUAUUACGAUCAAGUCGACAGCGAUCUCUCUGUACUACACACUGAAGAAGGAAGACUGGAAGUACAUCAAGCAGGCUAAAGAUGAAGAGAACCUCAACUUCUUGAUCAAUCUGAUCGACUCCCCAGGCCACGUGGACUUCUCCUCGGAGGUGACUGCUGCCCUCAGAGUCACUGACGGGGCCCUCGUUGUCGUCGACUGUGUCUCAGGUGUGUGCGUACAGACUGAAACUGUCCUGCGACAAGCGAUUGCUGAACGAAUCAAGCCAGUGCUUUUCAUGAACAAGAUGGACCUUGCCUUGUUGACUCUCCAGCUGGACAAAGAGCCUCUGUACCAGAACUUCCAGAGGAUCAUCGAGAGCAUCAACGUGAUUGUUGGGACGUACGGAGAAGAAGAUGGACCCAUGGGAGAAAUCAUGGUCAGUCCUCAAAACACAACUGUUGGAUUUGGAUCUGGUCUGCACGGCUGGGCUUUCACUCUGAAAGAUUUCGCCAAAAUGUACUGCAAAAAGUUUGGCAUUGAGGAGGAAAAAAUGAUGAAACGGCUUUGGGGAGACAACUUUUACGAUACGAAAGAAAAGAAGUGGGUGAAAUCGGAAACCCCAGGUGUUAUCCGAGGCUUUGUGCAGUACAUCCUGACCCCAAUCUACGACAUCUUCGACAAGUGCAUGAAGAGCCCGACAAAUGAAAAGGCUCUGGCUAUGGCAGACAAACUGGGAAUUAAGUUGACCGCUGAAGAGAAAGAACUUUCGCAGAAACCCCUGCUCAAGGUUAUCAUGAGGAAAUGGCUUCCUGCUGGUGAUGCUAUGUUGCAAAUGAUCGUCAUCCAUCUCCCAUCCCCAGUGACGGCGCAAAAGUACAGAGUAGAACUGUUGUACGAGGGCCCUCCUGAUGAUGUUGCUUGUAUAGCGAUGAAGAACUGCGACCCUAAAGGGCCAGUCAUGAUGUACAUCUCGAAGAUGGUGCCCACGAGUGACAAGGGACGUUUCUACGCCUUCGGCCGAGUCUUCGCUGGCACUGUUGCGACAGGACAGAAGGUCAGAAUCAUGGGACCCAACUAUAUUCCGGGCAAGAAGGACGAUUUAUACCAGAAGACCAUUCAGAGAACAAUUCUGAUGAUGGGUCGUUACGUGGAAGCCAUUGAAGAAGUGCCAUGUGGAAACAUCUGUGGUCUGGUUGGAGUCGACUCGUACAUUGUGAAGACUGGAACCAUCUCAACUUGUGAUACUGCACACAACAUGAAGAUGAUGAAGUUCAGUGUCAGUCCAGUCGUGAGAGUGGCCGUGGAAUGCAAGAACCCGUCUGAGUUGCCGAAACUUGUUGAAGGACUAAAACGUCUGGCAAAGUCUGAUCCUAUGGUUCAGUGUAUCAUUGAGGAGUCUGGUGAGCACAUUAUUGCCGGUGCUGGGGAGCUUCACUUGGAGAUCUGUCUGAAGGACUUGGAAGAGGAUCACGCAGGAAUCGCCAUCAAAGUGUCCGACCCAGUUGUCACGUACAGAGAAACCGUAUCAGCAGAGUCCAGCUUUACGUGUCUCGCCAAGUCGCCGAACAAACACAACCGUUUGUUCAUGAGGGCUGCACCACUACCGGACGAUUUGCCUGAAGCUAUGGAUAAUGGCGACGUCAUGCCAAGACAGGAUAUCAAAGAGCGAGCCAGAUUACUGGUCGACAAGUAUGGAUUUGACCCGACUGAAGCCAGAAAGCUCUGGUGUUUUGGACCUGAGGGAACUGGACCCAAUCUCCUGGUGGACUGCACGAAGGCUGUGCAGUACUUGAACGAAAUCAAGGACAGCGUUGUUGCUGGAUUCCAGUGGGCUACAAAAGAGGGUGUAUUGUGUGAAGAGAACUUGAGGGGUGUGCGCUUCAACAUUUACGACGUGACACUCCACGCCGACGCCAUCCACAGGGGAGGUGGACAGAUCAUCCCCACGACGAGAAGGGUACUAUAUGCCUGCCAACUGACAGCCGAACCAAGAAUACUUGAGCCAAUCUAUCUUGUGGAAAUUAGCGUGCCAGAAUCUGCCGUUGGCGGAGUGUUCAGUGUACUCAACAGGCGCCGUGGAACUGUGAUUGAUAACCAGAUGAUCAUCGGCACACCACAGAUGUUGUCCAAGGCUCAUUUGCCAGUCAACGAAUCUUUCGGUUUCACAGCUGAUCUGCGAUCCAACACCGGAGGCCAGGCUUUCCCACAGUGCGUGUUCGACCACUGGCAGAUUCUCAGUGGAGAUCCGUUCGAUCCUUCUUCCAGGCCAGGCCAGGUUGUUGAUGAUUUAUACAAGAAAGGCAUUCAGAGAACAAUUCUGAUGAUGGGUCGUUACGUGGAAGCCAUCGAAGAUGUGCCAUGUGGAAACAUCUGUGGUCUGGUUGGAGUCGACUCGUACAUUGUGAAGACGGGAACCAUCUCAACUUGUGAUACUGCACACAACAUGAAGAUGAUGAAGUUCAGUGUCAGUCCAGUCGUGAGAGUGGCCGUGGAAUGCAAGAACCCGUCUGAGUUGCCGAAACUUGUUGAAGGAUUGAAACGGCUCGCAAAGUCUGAUCCUAUGGUUCAGUGUAUCAUUGAGGAGUCUGGCGAGCACGUUAUUGCCGGUGCUGGGGAGCUUCACUUGGAGAUCUGUCUGAAGGACUUGGAAGAGGAUUACGCAGGAAUCCCCAUCAAAGUGUCCGACCCGGUUGUCACGUACAGAGAAACCGUAUCGGCAGAGUCCAACAUUACCUGUCUCGCCAAGUCAAAGAACAAACACAACCGCUUGUACAUGAGGGCUGCCCCUUUAUCUGGUGAAUUGCUGGAAGCCAUGGAGAAGGAAGAGAUUCUGCCGAGACAGGAUGUCAAAGAGCGAGCCAGAUUACUGGUUGACAAGUACGGGUUUGAUAAUGCUGAAGCCAGGAAGCUGUGGUGUUUUGGCCCUGAAGGAACUGGACCCAAUCUCCUGGUGGACUGCACGAAGGCCGUGCAGUACCUGAACGAAGUGAAGGACAGCGUUGUUGCCGGAUUCCAGUGGGCGACAAAAGAGGGUGUAUUGUGUGAAGAGAACUUGAGGGGUGUGCGCUUCAACAUUUACGACGCGACGCUUCACGCCGACGCCAUUCACAGGGGCGGUGGACAGAUCAUCCCCACAACAAGAAGAGUACUGUACGCCUGCGAACUGACGGCCGAACCAAGACUGCUUGAGCCAGUCUAUCUCGUGGAAAUUAGCGUGCCAGAAUCUGCCGUUGGCGGAGUGUUCAGUGUACUCAGCAGGCGCCGUGGAACCGUGAUUGAUAACCAGAUGAUCAUCGGCACACCACAGAUGUUGUCCAAGGCAUAUCUGCCAGUAAAUGAGUCUUUCGGUUUCACAGCUGAUCUGCGAUCCAACACCGGAGGCCAGGCUUUCCCACAGUGCGUGUUCGACCACUGGCAGAUUCUCAGUGGAGAUCCGUUCGAUCCUUCUUCCAGGCCAGGCCAGGUUGUCACGAAGACGAGAAAACGAAAAGGUCUCAAAGAAGGAAUCCCACCGCUUGAUAACUUCCUCGACAAGUUGUAGACGCCAGCCACCAUCAAAGGACUAAUUUAUAAAAGAUUAACUUAAAUCCUUCAGUUGCCACCUACUGACAGUACUUAUUUAUUUGGAUUGAUCGACAAGAAAAAGAUAAAUCUUUAAUAUCUAGCUAUAACAGACAAGAUCAGUUAACCAUUUUGGCAAGGGAAAACAAAAGAAGAAAAAUAAAUAAAUUAUCUUUAA